UUACGUCACAGGGAAUUUCCAGUAAGGAAGUGAACUUUUCUUUACAAACAGAUCGAUCCGCGCUCGAGCGGCGACCAUUAACUCGAUAUCGCCUCCGAUCCGCCGGAUAAUUCACCCGCACUGCGCCCGAGCCUCUCCUCCGCACCCAGCCGAACGCCCGCCCGGCCGGAGCUCUGCGCCACCCGCGGGGCUGCAUGGCUCCUUACCCGCCUGCCUGAGCUCUCUCUGCGGACUGACAGCACAUGUGGAGCGGCCAGACACACCAGCACAGGAACCAUGACGGAAGAGGACUCAUAUCUACACCCAGAGUUCUGUCUAGAUUUUGCUCCAGCGUGGAGUUACCAAACGGACCCACAUUUCCAGCAGCCUAUUCCUCACUCCAACACACCCAGAAUAGAUGGACCCUGUCUCCAAAUUAUUGAACAACCAAAACAGCGAGGUUUCAGGUUUCGUUAUGGCUGUGAAGGCCCCUCCCAUGGUGGACUCCCCGGAGCCUCGAGUGAGAAGAACAGAAAGACGUACCCUCAGGUCAAGAUCUGUAAUUAUCAAGGUCCAGCGAAGGUCGUGGUUCAGCUGGUGACCAACACCAAACUGCCCCAGCUGCACGCGCACAGCCUGGUGGGGAAGCAGUGUGAGAAGGGCGUCUGCAUCGCAGACCUGCAGCCCAAAGACUCCUGCAUCAGUUUUCCUAAUUUAGGGAUCUUGCACGUGACUAAAAAGAAUGUGACUAAGACUCUGGAGGACCGGAUGAGCGAGGCGUUCAGGAUGGCGUAUAACUGUGGAGUAGUGAUCCACCCGGAAAUCGACUCUCUCCAAGGAGAAACACGAAUUCCCCGAGAUCUCACAGAGCAGCACAGGAUGCUGAUCAGCACUGCAGCCAGUCACCAGGCUAAAGACAUGGACCUGAGCGUGGUCAGACUGAUGUUCACAGCGUUUCUGCCGGACGGCGAGGGCGGCUACACCCGCAGGCUGGACCCAGUCAUAUCCGAACCCAUUUAUGACAGCAAGGCCCCGAAUGCUUCGAAUCUGAAGAUUGUGAGGAUGGAUCGCACAGCAGGCUGUGUGACCGGAGGAGAGGAGGUCUACCUGCUGUGUGAUAAAGUCCAGAAAGAUGAUAUUCAGGUGCGUUUUUACGAGGAUGACGAGACGGGAAUCGCCUGGGAGGCGUUUGGAGAUUUCUCUCCUACAGAUGUUCACCGACAGUUUGCCAUCGUCUUCAAGACGCCUAAGUACCGCGACCAGAACCUGCAGAAGCCCAUCUCAGUGUUCGUCCAGCUCAAGAGGAAAUCCGACCACGAGACGAGCGAGCCCAAACCCUUCACUUACCACCCGCAGAUCAUCGAUAAGGAGGAGGUUCAGAGGAAGCGGCAGAAGACCCUGCCCAACUUCCCGGACUACGGAGGUGCGGGAGGAGGAGGUGGGGGCAUGUUUAGAGGAACCGGAGGCGGUCCUGCUACAGGGGGCGGGCACGGUGGAGGAGGAGGUGGAGGCCACUACUACCAGGGGUAUUCUAAUUUCAACAACUUUAACUCUGGCUACGGUUUUCCCCCCGCCAUGGGUGGAGGCGGGACCAGCAUCAAGCAUGCGACUCGUGGGCCUGUGGAAGACACUGAUGAGGACAGUGACAGUGACCUGGAUGAUGAUCAGGGUUCAGCAGGAGCCGUCCAGGGCUAUGUCCAGUCUGGAGCUGCUGGGGUGGAUGAGGGGAGCGAGGGCUCACAAGAGCUCAGGCCUAAAGAGUGUGUGUUUGAGCCUCGGUUAGCUGAGCUGGCGGAGAGACAUGCCUGCGCUCUGUUUGAUUAUGCUGUGACCGGUGACGCUCGCAGGCUGCUGGCUCCACAGCGCCCCCUAAUGUCCACUCAGGAUGAAAACGGAGACACGGGACUCCACCUGGGUGUGAUCCACAGUCAGACGGAUGCAGUGAAGACUCUAGCGGAGGUGAUUUCAGCUAUUCCAGGAGAGGAUGUGCUUAACAUGAGGAACGACCUGUAUCAGACGCCGCUGCAUCUGGCGGUGGUGACUCAGCAGAAAGAGGCGGCGGAGGUGUUACUGACGGCCAGAGCAGACGUCGCUCUCACUGAUCGCAACGGAAACACAGCGCUGCAUUUAGCAGCCCAGCAGAAAGAAGGAGAGAUGGUGCGGUUACUGCUGCACCACGACAACAUGCUGGAGAUGACCAGCGUACCCAACACAGCAGGUCUGUGUCCGCUGCACCUGGCUGUACUGGCUAACAGUCUGAAUAGCGUGAGGGCGCUGCUGGAGGGCGGGGCUAGUGUGGAGAUUCAGGAGCUCACCUGUGGUCGCACGCCGCUUCACCUAGCAACCGAACGUGACAACGUGUCCCUCGCAGGAUGCCUACUGCUGGAGGGGGAUGCUGAUGUUGACAGUGUCACAUAUAAUGGCUCCACCCCUCUCCACAUCGCAGCGGGGCGGGGCUCGCUCAAACUCAGCGCUCUGCUGGUGGCGGCAGGGGCGGACCCUCAUAAAGAGAACUAUGAGCCACUGUUCUUCAGAGACGAGGAGUGCUGCACCACAAACGAGGAAGAGCAGGAGGAUGAGGGGUAUAUACCAGGGACUACCCCGCUCAACAUGGCUGCAUCUCCUGAGGUGCGGGAAAUUCUGAAUGGUAAAAAGUACCAGCCCACCACCGUCUUUGUACCUCCACAAGGAGACAUGCGUAGUCUGAGUGUGGAGACGAAGCGGGCGCUGUGCCAAUGUCUGGAGGAGUCGGUGGGUGGGUGGGAGAGUCUGGCACACGCACUGGGACUCGGCAUCCUCACCAACGCCUUCUGCCUCAGCCCCCGGCCCGCCUCCACGCUGCUGGAUAGCUAUGAGGUUUCGGGUGGGACGGUUCGAGAGCUCUUAUCAAGUCUGAGGAGUAUUGGUAACAGAGGCGCUGUCAGUAUCCUGCAGGAACACUGUGUGUGUGAAGAAAACAGCGACAACACACACCUCACCUACACACCGCCUGGUCGGGUGGAGUGUGAGGAGGGGAUGCGGGAGCUGAAGUUAGCUGCUCUGGAUGAGGGAGGAGUUUGUGACAGUGGGGUCGAGACGUCCUUCCAGAGGCCGAGUUUCAGUCUGGCUGAUUCGCUCUGAGGAGAGCUGGACCUGCGGCUUCAUCCUGCCGACCUGCUGCAGUCUGACCCUUCAUCUCUUCAGUUCUGAACCCAAAAUACUGACCCUGAUGCUCACCUUCGCCCUCACCUUCAUCCUCACCUUGACGUUCAGCUCAGGAGCCCCCCUGCACCUACCCCACGUCCCUGUGGUCCCCCCGGGGCUGAUACGACCCCUCUGAACCAGAAUCAUGAUUGGCAGAGACCGCUGUGGAAGCUCUGGGGAAGCCACACCCAUUAUGCAGAUCACAGGCGGCCGAUCCUCAUUGGUCGAGGAGCUCUUUAGUUGUUGUUGUUAUUUUUCUCAGUAUAUGCAUUUUACGAUGUCCGCUCUCGUUUGAACGUGUCCCAGUUAUAUGUAAGACUUUUAUUUAAUUGUUGGCUUGUAUUUUUGUUUUUUAUUCUAUGCGUUUUUUGUUUUUAUGGUUUGUAUGAUUUUUUUAAAAAGCUAAAGUUAGACUUUGGUGAUUUUGAUGACAUCACCUGUAAUGCAUUUGUAAUGCGUUUAUCUCUCGUUAUACACAGAAGAUGAGGCAGGUUAUGGUGUGUUUGGGUUGUGCUCUGAUCAUUCUCCUAAAAAAAAUAAUGUUCUUUAAGUGACAGAAAGAACAGAAAAUGUAUGCAGUAUUUGGGUAUAAAACAGUAGUUUUUGAUGCACUACUGUUAAUCCUGCUCUAAGACCAGGCUAAUGUUACCUAGGUCUGAUUAAAUCAGAACCUGACAUAUCGUAGAUACACACACUCCUUAAAAGGAAAUCAAGUUUAAAAAAAUAUAUAUUCCAGUAUGAGGCAUGUCUGUUGGUCCAUAUAUUAGGAAAUAUAUGUACUGGUGAUGGCGCAAAUGAACUGAAAUCAGCCAUAAUGUAAAACUAUAUAUUACACUCAUAGGAAUGGAAUAGUUUUAGUAGUAACUUAUAUUCACAGUGAAUUUAUACAUUUAAGUAUAAUGUUAAUGUGAACACAUUUAUAUAUUUAGACUUUUUUAAAAAUAAUUUGAAUGUAAUAGGAAUCUGGAAGUUGUUCCUUACAUUGCAUUCAAAUUUGAUUACAAAUUAACCUAGAUUUGAAUUUGAAAUAAAAUCUUCUUUUAUUGUUUUUUAUAGAUCUGUAAAGUUGCCAGAAACCUUCUUUAUUUUGGAGAUACGAGUAACAUGCAAGUUUUUGCAUGUUAUUGAUGAUUAUACACAACCUUAAACAACAACACAGCUGUGACUCACCGUCUUCCUGUGUAUAAACGAGUGAUAAAGAUAUUUGCCUAGAAAUUUGGAGUGUAAUUUUGGAAUAUUCAGGAAUAUUUGAUGUUAUUUUAUGUUAUUUGAUGUAUUUUUUUUUUUUUAAUGGGUUUUAAGUGAAUCCUGCCUCAGGAAUUCUGCACUCCCGGACUGCGAUUUGGAACACAGCCGCCCUGGUUUUGUGUCGUGCCUCGAUGAACUCAGCUGGUGGCCAAAGCUCUGCAUCUGUAGAUCACUCCUGGACCUGGACGAGCUUUAGUUCUCGGAGCCUCUGGACCAGUAGCUUCGUGAUUUUAGUAUUUUUGAGGGGUGAAGGAUGUGUGUGGAGCUGCACAGAGGCUCUGGUGAUCUUCAUUUAUCUUCUGGAAGCUUCUCGCUCUCUCUCUCUCUCGCAGGUCUUCCCUCUCUCGCUCUGCACUGGUUUUAUAUGUGCAGGUUCUCUCGGUUCGUGGUGCUAAAUGUUGUAAUGUUAUUAUGAGGAACCGUUGAUGAUGAUGAUGAUGAUGAUGAUGAUGAUGAUGAUGAUGAUGAUGAUGAUGAUGAUGAUGAUGAUGAUGAUGAUGAUGAUGAUGAUGAUGAUGAUGAUGAUGAUGAUGAUGAUGAUGAUGUGAGAGAACCUUCUCCUCUACCCGAGUGUAUUUCAUAAGCUGUGAGAGAAACUCCAUGUUUGUUAACAUUGUUUAGUUUUUUUUUGUGUUAACAGAUACACACACACACACACACACAAAUCUCUCCUACCUAAAAUACUGGAACAUUUACUAGGACUCCUCCUACAGCUCUGCAAAAAAAGAAAAAGAAGAGAUCAUUUAAAAAAAUGAUGAGUUUCUUGGAUUUUACCAAAUUUAAAAACCUCUGGAAUAUAAUCAAGAGGAAGAUGGAUGAUCACAAACCAUCAAACCACCAAACUGAACUGCUUAAAUUUUUGCACCAGGAGUAAAGCAGCAUAAAGUUAUACAAAAGCAGUGUGUAAGACUGGUGGAGGAGAACAUCAUAAAAUGGCAAGAUCAUAAUAAAAAAGCCUGGCAGAUCUUUAGGGAAACCUUCAGUACCAUACAUACAUUCAUUCAUAUAUUCAUAUUCAUUGAGCAUAAAUUAUGUGUGUUAAUUUUUGAGUCACCAUGGUUUUCUGUAGAUUUUCUGUGGAUUUUUUUCUAUAGGAAGAGGAAAAAAACAUUCUUAAUUUUUUUAUAGAAGUUUUUGCAAAAAGUCAUUUUGGAGCGUUUCUCUUCUUCUGUUAGUCAUAAAAUUAUGAUGCAAUCUAAAGAACUACUACUAUUCAUAUAAUUCAUAUACUAAAAGAAAAUUGAUUUAAAAAAAUACAUAUAUUAAAUAAUCUGCCACUAAAUAAAGCCUACUCCAGACCCCUGGAUGAAUGUGUGUAUGGACCCCUGCUCUUUAAUCCAACACUCCAAUCCCAACACAGACUCCCAGUACAUUACAUUACUGUUCUCUCAGUGUUUCUGCCUGUUUCUCAGUGACGUCUGAGGGCUGAGGAACUCCAGCUGUGGCACCAAUCAGACAUAUCAACCUGCUUUAAGCUCUGGACUGUUUAACUGACCCCAAACACACACACACACACACACACCAAACUCUCCCUCAACUAUAGCAGCAGCGUUUAUACUGUAUAUACUGUAUACACUGUACAUUUACAGUAUACAGUAAAUACACAGCAGCACAAUCCCACUGAGAAGCCUGAACCAGAUGUUUGAUUGCUUUGAAAUGGGUUUCAUUGUUUUUUUGUCGUUUUAUAAUAAAAUUGUUUGUUGUGCUCUGA